AUGGGCUGCGGGCGCUGGCAGCGCGUGGCCGAGAUGCUCCUGUGCGUGCUGGGCCCGGGGGACCCGACCCCCAUCCGCUGCCUCUGCUCCAGGGCCUUCGUGGAAGACCGCAAACUCUACAAUCUGGGAUUGAAAGGCUACUAUGUCAGAGGCAACAAUGAAGGAGACCAGGCCACCGAAGGGGAGGAAGAUGCCCCUCCCAGCGUCACCACGGACCCGCGCGGCGGCGGCCACCGGCGCGUGGACCUCGAGGAGAGCGAGCUGGACUCUGAGGCCGAGCUCAUGCGGAGCAUGGGGCUGCCCCUUCAGUUCGGCGGGGGGUCUGCACAGAGGAAUUUGGAGGUGGCCACGAACGCUCGAAAUAAAGUCAAAAGAAAAAAGAAGAAGAAAAAACAUUCAAAGACAUUCUUGGAUGAAAUUCGGAGGGAGUCUUGGAGACAGGACUCUGAGGACGACGUUUCGGCCUCUGACGACCCCUCUCUGGCCGAGGAGCCGGAGCUGCCGGGCCCUGGUGACCUGCAGACCAACCCACACACUGUACCCGCACCCGCACCUGACGUCGCGCCCGACAACGGGGGCCCCGCGGCUCCUCCCGAGGGUGCUCCCGAGGGCGCCGGUGACGCGGUGGACCCGCAGCUGGAGGUGACGCCGCGCUGGGAGCAGUACUGGCGCGAGCAGGGUCCAGGGCUGCUGUGGCAGGGCUGGCAGGAGACGCACCCGGGCCAGGACUGCGCCGAGCCCUGGGCCGCGCCCGACACACGCACCGAGUGGGAGCAGCUGUACAGCCGGCUGUACUGGCACUACCUGGGGCAGUUCCACUACUGGGAGGCCCAGGGCUGGACCUACGACGUCAGGGAUGAGGAGCCGGGCCAGGAGUCCACCACGGGGGCCGCUGAGGGCGAGAGCGCCCCCGCCCGCCCCACAGACCCUGCAGAAGUACUGGACGGCAUCGGGCGCCUGAGCCUGGAUCCGGAAGCCGCAGAGCACUGCCCGGGAGAGUCCUCCGGGGACCUGGGACCGGGAGAAGGCCAUGGCCCCAGGGAGUGCCCAGCUUCUGGCCAUGGGGGGCCUCACAACGGAGCCGCCCCCCAAAGCGGCCUGUCGGGCAGUGGGAGCGCUAACCCGCCUUCUCCAGGUUCACAGGACGCCUCAGGGGCGAACUCGGUCAGAGAAGGCUCCCACCGCAGCGGAAGUGAUGGAGGUGACAGUGAAGAUGACCCCCCCGAGCAGAGGCCGAGCAAACUCAAGAGGAGCCACGAACUGGAAGUGGAUGAGAGCCCGGAUUCCGACCUCGAUGACGAUGGCGCGCUCCUCGGAUUCAUGCAUGGUUCCGGACAAAAGUACGGUGGAAUUUCAGAUUUCAGCCAUCGAAAGGUCAGAUACCUGCAGAAGAACGUGAAGUACAAGUCGAAGUUCUUGGACAUGCGACGACAAAUAAAUAUGAAAAACACACAUAUCUUCUUUGCCGAAGAGUCAGAAAAAGGAGGUUUGAAGAAAAGCAAGACUUUGAGUAAGGUGGAGAAAUUCCUCAAACGGGUCAGUGAGCCGCUGGACGCGAAGCCUUCGCCAGGGCCCGACUCUCAGGACGCUUGUUCCAGCAGCGACUCCGAAGGGCAGGAAACAGUCGUCCAAAGUGGGGAGGGUCCAGUGGACACCAGCAGCCAAGAGGCACAGGAAAGCUGCCCCUUAGCUUCCGCUGGAGACCCAGAGGCAGAGAGCACUGAAGCAGGGAGCACGGUGGCGGCUGGCACGGAUGCUCUGGCUUGCAGUGCUCAGGACGCACCCGACCCCCCGCGGAUGGCAGCAGAAGCUGAGGGAAAGAAGAAAAAGAAGAAGAAAAGCAAAGCCAAAAAGGCCAGAAGCAUGCCCGCCGAGAUCGCCAGUGUGCCCGAGCUGGCCAAGUACUGGGCCCAGCGGUACCGGCUCUUCUCGCGUUUUGAUGAUGGGAUUAAACUGGACCGAGAGGGCUGGUUCUCCGUGACUCCUGAGAAGAUCGCCGAGCACAUUGCCGGCCGUGUCAGUCAGUCCUUCGAGUGUGACGUCAUCGUCGAUGCCUUCUGUGGAGUCGGGGGCAACACCAUCCAGUUUGCCCUGACCGGAAAGAAAGUGAUCGCGAUCGACAUUGAUCCCGUGAAGAUCGACCUUGCUCGGAACAACGCAGAGGUCUACGGGGUGGCGGACAGGAUAGAGUUCAUCUGCGGAGACUUCCUGCUGCUGGCGCCUGACCUUAAGGCCGACGUGGUGUUCCUCAGCCCUCCGUGGGGCGGGCCCGACUAUGCCACCGCCGAGAUCUUCGACAUCAGGACCAUGAUGUCCCCGGACGGCUUUGAAGUUUUUAGACUUUCCCAGAAGAUCACCAAUAAUAUUGUUUAUUUUCUUCCAAGAAAUGCUGAUAUUGACCAGGUGGCCUCCUUAGCGGGACUCGGAGGGCAAGUGGAAAUUGAACAGAACUUCCUGAAUAAUAAACUGAAGACAAUCACCGCCUAUUUCGGGGACCUCAUCCGAAGAUCAGCCCCUGAAACCUAG